GAAGGAGACAGCACUGAGUGUUGAAGAAAACAACGCAAGGUGGAUAUCUCUAAAUUCAUCAAGAUAAUUUGCUGAAUUGCAUUUGCAAAGUUAAUCAUUCAUCUUGAAAUGGAGUUUACCAGGCGCUACCUUCCAAUGGAGUGGGAAGAGCGAUGGCGGAAAGAGAAGGAGAGGAGAAAAAGAAUGAUUGAAGAAGGUGGAGAGGGGUUAGAAAGAGACAACAACGAACUGAGGCAGAUUGUUGCUUAUAACAAUUCAAAGAUGGGCCUUAAAAGUCUGGGUGAUAAGACCGAAGAAAAUGACUUGAGAAAGACUGAAAUUGAUAUGGAAUCUACCAGUGAAUGUAUGAGUGGUAAGGGAUUCGGGGAUGUUGGACAGCACGUCUGCACAUACUCAAGCAGAACCUUUCAUAAGGACAUAUUUAAGACUCUGAAAGAACUGCAGAAUUCCUCUCUUCUUACAGACCUGACACUGACUACUGAGAAUGGCAGAAACUUCAAUGUGCACUCCCUUAUCCUAGCUGCUGUCAGUGGCUUUAUUUUAGAAAAACUAAAUGAAAUAAAUGUGUUCCAGUCUUGGAAUACUGAGGGGAAAAUCAAAAUGAGGUCAGUACUAAUAGGUUACGAAGUUGAUGAAGUUGGGCUUCAAGCAGUUAUUGAGUUUGCUUAUUGUGGAGAUGUAUCGAUUUCGAACAAGAACACAAUGACUCAAAUCAAGACUGCAGCCGAAGUACUGAAGGUUCCAAGACUUCUGGAUCUCUGCAACAACAUGGAUACAAGAUGUGAAGAUCAAUGUCCAAAAAUAGAGCAAGACAUUACUUUUGCAGAUGUUAAUCUAAAAAAUACUCUUCAGUCCAUUGAAAGAAUGUGGAGAGACAAAGUUGGAUGUGAUGUCAUCUUGGAAGUGGAUAGCACUUUUUUCCAUGUUCAUAGAACUAUCCUGGCAGCAAGCAGUGACUACUUCCGUGGGAUGUUUACCAGUGGAAUGAAGGAAUCCCAUCAAAACUACAUUGCCCUUCCAUUUAUUCCAUCUUGUGAAUUAGAGACACUAAUUAAUUGGUCCUAUAGGGGGACCCUUGUGCUUAGCUGGGAUUCUGUUUUUGAGAUAACCUGCACUGCCCUCCAGCUUCAGUUUCAACCUGCUUUCUUGCUUUGCCUCAGAUUCUUGCAAGAACAAAUACAUAUUAACUCAUGCCUGGAUGUGGCAUCUUUUGCUGAAGCAUAUGGCUUGUCAGGGCUGCUUGAGGAAACUAAUGACUUUAUACUGAGGAACUUCAGGGAAGUAUCUGCAACUGCUAAGUUUCAAGACCUUGCAGCAGAGAAGCUCCUGGACUUACUUCGCUGUGAUGGUCUAUGUGUGCCUUCAGAGUUGACUGUGUUUCGAGCUGUAAUCUCCUGGAUUCAAGCUGAUCCUGAAGAGAGGUUAGCCCAGGCUGCCUUACUGAUGAGUGGAGUUCGUUUCCCACUCAUGACUUUUCGGGAGUUCAGGGAGGUCAGAGCAAUUAACCUACGCAUGGAGUGCUUUGCUGAUAAAGAAAUGGAACUCUAUGGAUCUGCUCUCAAGGAAUUUGGGUUCAGUCUCCCAAAGUCUGAUGAUUACUGUCGGAUCAGAAGACCCAAAGAUGUUCUUGCAGUGGUUGGUGGAGACCAUCUUGAUUCAGAUAUGGGUAAACGUAUACCAAGCAAGGGUAUUUGGUUUGCAAACUCUCUACGCAAUGGCACAGGGUUGAUCAAGGAGAUAGAGUGGAGGAGCCUAAGGGAGAUCCCAGACAAGCCAAAGUUCAGGCAUGGUGUGGCAGUAAUGAAUGGCAGGCUGUUUGUUGCUGGUGGAUGUUACUUUUAUGCCAAAGAUAAUAUAAUGAAAUCUGUCUACAGUUAUGACCCUGUGAGUGACAGCUGGAAACGUCUGGCUGACAUGCUUGAACCAAGAAGUAAUUUUUCAUUGGUGGUCCAUGAGAAGUGUCUUUAUGCCAUAGGAGGAGACAAUGAGAUCAACACCAACACAGAGACUGUUGAAAUGUACAAACCAGACACUGACUCCUGGAGUUUUGUCCACCCCUUGGACCAGGCUAUCAGUGGCUAUGGGGUCACUGCCAUAAAUGGAGGCAUUUUCAUCUCUGGAGGUUUUAACUGUAAAUAUGUGUGUCUGGUUACCAUGUUCCUUUACCACCCAGAGAGUGGAAGUAUCUACCUGGCUGACAUGUCAAAUGACAGAGCCCAACAUUGUAUGGAAGCAUUGCAAGGAUGUCUUUAUGUGGCUGGGGGUGUUUGUAACAUGAGGAAGUUCUACACUGAUCAACUAGCCUGUGAGGUGUAUAAUCCAGUGACUGACACCUGGACUGACUUUGCAUCACUGCCAGUACCCCAUGUUGGUGCUGCAUCAGCUGUCCUGGAGGAGAAGAUCUAUGUUCUGGGAGGAUACUGCCAGGAUGAUUACAGCGAGUCAGGACUGGUCCAUCGCUUCGACCGUGGCUUGCAGCGUUGGGAGAACAUGGGCAAACUACCAGGAGCUGUCACUGACAUUAAGGCUUGUCCUAUCAACUUACCCCAGCAUUUCAGACUUUAACCAAUUGAUCUGAAUCACAGAGCAUUACAGAUGAAAUAAAAUCAGACGUUCUGACUGGAAAACAUAAACAGCCACUUGGAAAACAUAUUAUCACCCUUUUAAGUUAUAUUUUAUCAUGAUUUGAACAGAGAUCAACUCAGAGCUGAUUCCUUCAGAUCAACUCAGAAGUUUUAAAUGAAAGAAGAAAGGUAUAUAUUUGAAUAUUGAGUUGUGUGUAUUCCAACUGCACUGCACAUUUUUCCUGACUCGCUUGAAGCCCCUUUCAACAUCUAUGAGUUUUGAAAAACUGAGUUAGGAGUAGUAUAGAGCAACUUGGUACUAUGAAACAUUUCAGAAAAUAAAAUGCUUCAUCAGUAAAAGUAAAUCAAAGUAUUGAACAUGGAAACAGUUUCUUUUCUUUUAAAAUAUCUUUCAGUAUUUAGCAUUUUUUUCUACAGAACACUCAUCAGAGAAAGGUAGUAGUUAUGUAUAGAUAUUGUUAGUGCAAAGUAAGGCCCAUACAGUAUAAAUGUUAUAUUUUUAUGAAAGACAUGAAAUGAUAAAAAAAAUCACUUCCAUCACACAUGUAAUUCUUCCUUUCCCAUGUAACACAGAUUUAAUUAAUUCAAGAAUAUAAUAUA